AUGGAUGAUGCCCUCUUAUUUUCUGUUAAUCUUGACUUGGUGACAGAGCAAGCGGUCCACCCGGUGAACCGGUUUAGUAGACAGAACGUAAUUCAGACGCUAUAUAUACAUACUACGCGGACGGAUUGCUUCGGUCUCUCGUUCAGUCGGUCACCGAUCUACUUCUUCGCUUUCUUCGUCUCCUUCCUUCUCCAGUCUCCAUCAGAUUUGACUGGUUUAACACAGACAAAAUCUUGUCAUUUUGGUGGGUCUCUGGUGCCUUCAGUAAGAGAAUAUAGAAAAGAAGGCAGAUCUUUGAUUCCCAAACUUUCGCAUAUAAGAAAGUUCAUCCAGUUGGUUGAGGAGAAAAAGAAGAGAGCUUUGGAGAAGAAGGAAGCCCCAUUGAAAUGGGAGCAGAAGUUAGAAGCUGCUGCAAAAGCAAAGGCUGAUGCAGAAGCCAAAGACAAGAAAUCAAGAGCUUUAAAGCACCAAAGACGUUCUGUGUCAGAAUCUGAUACUGAGAGUGAUAAUAACAGCAGUGAUGGGGGAAGAAAGAAUAGGAGAACUCACAAAAAGCAUAGAAAGCAUGCCCACUCAGAUUCAGGUGACAAUGAAAAGAGGAAGGAUAAGAGAAGUAGUAGACGAAAACCAAAGAGACGAUCUUCGGACUCAAGUGACGAUGGCAGCGAUGAAUUUUUGAGUGGCUCUGACGAAGACAGGAGGAAGAAGAGAAGCUACAGAAGACACAAGCAUCAGUGUGAUUCAGAUUCUAGUGCUUCUGAUUUUUCAAGUGAUGAUAGGGAAGAUGAGAUGUCCAGAAGUAGAAGAAGUGCAAAACAUCACAAGCGCCAUCGGCAGUCAGAAUAUGUUGAUGCGGAUUCACCUAGUGAGAGAACGUGGUGCAAUACGAAGAAACCAUGGGAAGCACCACAAAUGCCAUUGUCGAUCUCAAUCUAUUGAUGCAGAUUCAUGGAGUGAGAAAGAAGAUGGUGCAAUACGAAGAAUCCAUGGAAAGCACAACAAACACCAUCGUCGGUCACAAUUUAGUGAUUCAGAUCCAUCAGGAACAGAUGAUAAUGGUGCUUCCAGAAGGAAAAGCCAUGCAAAGCGCCAUAAACGUCAUAGUGUGGACCCAGGUUCAUCAGAUACUGAUGGAUUCAGACGUGAUCGGAGGAGCUGGUCUUUGGGAAAGUCAUCGGAUGACAACAAUGAAGAAUCAUUUAAAAGAUCAAAGCACAAUAAAUCUAGCCAUCAUCAGCACCAUCGUCACAAGCACCAGCAGCAUCACUUGGACGAGGACAAACAUAAACUCUUUCAGCCAGAGGCGAAAUAUCAUC